AUGGUUCACAAUGCUGGUUUUGAUAGAGUUGGAAUAGUGGGGAUAGACGGAAAUGUGGGUAAUGGUGGCAGCGUUGGCUUUGGCAAAGUUGACAAUGGAGGAAGCAUAGGUGGUAGCGUUGGCUUUGGCAACGUUGGCAAUGGAGGCAACAAAGGUGGCAGUAUUGGCAACUUUGGCAAUGGAGGCAGCAAAGUUGGUAGUGUUGGCUUUGACAAUGUUGGCAAGGAAGGCAGCAAAGGUGGUAAUGUUGGCUUUGACAACUUUGGCAAUGGAGGCAGAAUAGAUGGUAGCGUUGGUUUUGGCAACGUUGUCAAUGAAGGUAAAGGUGGUAGCGUUUGCUUUGACAAAGUUGGCAGUGAAGGCAAAGGUGGUAGUGUUGGUUCAGGCAAUGUGGGUAUGACUGGCAAGUUUGGUAUACUAGGUUGA